UUUGCUGUGUGAUUGCUAACACGCGCUUUGUUUAUGUAUGACAAGAGUUAAACAAGUGUGGUCUGUGGAGGAUACUGGUUCCCUUAUCCACAGUCCACACAUGUUCUGUCUCGAAGAAUCUAAUCUUAAAGUUAAAAUAAUAAUAGAAAAGGGUUGCAGCAACACUGUGUCUUAUAUCUCCUCUCCUCCAUUGCCACUUAUCAAAGAAGUAUCAAUGGCUGAAGCAUUCACCUUCACAAACCUUCAUGUCCCGUUUUACUCGAGUUACUCGCCUAAGCAGUUUUCAGGGACAGCUCACGGAUGGCAAUCUAUGAAACAGAAUGAGAAAAGGGGAAAGAGUGUGAUGAGAGGAAGCUUAUGUGUAAGAAAGGCACUGCCACAUGAUUUGCCACUAAUGGCUGUGAUGGUUCAACAAAUUGAAGGGAUGCGUGAUAUCAUUACAGAGAAACACGUGUGGCAUCUAAGUGAUAAAGCCAUCAAGAAUGUCUAUUUGUUCUACAUUAUGUUCACUUGUUGGGGAUGUCUGUACUUUGGUUCCGCAAAGGAUCCAUUCUAUGACUCGGAGGAGUACCGUGGAGAUGGAGGUGAUGGAACCGGAUAUUGGGUCUAUGAAACUUUAACCAGUCAUAAGUAUCCCGCAAACGCACCAAUUUCUAACCAUAGAACCAGUCGUACAAAUCUUUUUAAACUGCUAGAAACCGCUGCAUACGCAAACUCCCGGCAACCGCUGCGUUUGAACCACAAGAAGACAUAGAAGAGAAAGCAAGAGCAGAGUUAUGGCGUGAAGAACUUAUCGAAGAAAUUGAACAGAAAGUCGGUGGCUUAAGAGAGCUCGAAGAAGCUGUUACCAAGUAGACAACUAACUGGUAAAUCAUAAACAAAUUAUGCACAUAUAUUUUGUUUCUUUGAUAACGGUCAUAAACCACUCUUCUAUUUAUAUAAUAUAUAUGUUAGCUGUAUC